UUUUCAGCUGGAUUGGUAUCACUGAAGUUUACAGCUGUAUUUUUAUCAAAGAAUCUGAAAAUUCAAUUCUCGACAUGACAGACACCGUCGCAACAACUCCGGCUCCAGUCGCCGCGUCGCCGGCCGCGAAGAAGUCUCCAGCCAAGAAGAAGUUGGCAGCUAAAGCCGCGAAGACCGCUGCAACGCACCCAACCACAUCCGUGAUGGUCACUUCGGCCAUCAAAGAGCUCAAAGAGAAGAAAGGUUCGUCGUUGCCAGCCAUCAAGAAGUACUUGGCCGCCAACUACAAA